AUACAUAUCUCUGCUCGUUACCCACAUCUCCUCCGUAUAUUCCAGACAUAUCCCGAGUCGAUAGGAAUUUCUGCAGGGCUUGAAUCCUCCCUCUCCGUCUGACCACUCAUACCCUGUCAUUUUCGCCUCUUAAGGCCGAAUCUAUAAAUGGUGCCCAUCUCGACGAUAAACUGAUAAGGCAUUGAAGCGUUUCUAUUGAACUUACAAGUGUUUGCGUCUUCCGUGAUCUCCCCCGCCCCCGCCUUGAUUUUCCAUUUCCCGUAUACUCAUCUCCUCAUCUCCUCGACCCGCAGAAGCGAUGAUCCAGGGUGAACCGACCAUACACAAAUACCCAGGCAACUGCCAUUGCGGGAGCGUGCGAUUCGAGAUCCAUCUCGCUAGUCCAUUCCAAACGACCUUCGCAUGCCCAUGUAGCAUCUGUGCGAAAGCAGGCUGUCCAUGGAUCUUCACGCAAGAUGACGAACUGAAGUUCACCAAGGGGCGCGACACUCUAGCCAGCUACAAGACCCAGAUGGGGGAGUACGAGUUCUGCGCUACCUGUGGUACCCCGAUCACAGUCCGAAACCACCUCACCGUCGCGGGCCAGCCCGGUAUAGGUGUCAGCGCAAGAGCGUUGCGGGACGUGAACCCGUUCCAUCUAUCCGUGACCAAGUACGCACUAACCUACUUCUCUCAUCGGAGUGUUCAACUGAUGAUCGAACUCCCUGGGCUCAACCGCAGAUUAACCCCCCCUCGCGAAGAUGAACCAGCAUCGUCCGCUCCCGAAGUCCAACCGACCCAACAAAGCCCAAAGACAUACACGGGAGGCUGUCACUGCGGAGCAAUCCACAUCACCGUGACGAGCGCGCCGCUCCGCGAUGUCCAAGUUAAGGAAGAUAACUGCAGCAUUUGCCAACGGAAUGCGAACACAUGCAUCUACCCGACGAAAUGCGCAGUCGCGACUCAGGACCCCAGCAGCCAGCUCCGCGAGUAUCGCUUUGGCCGAAAGUUCACGGGCCAUCGCUUCUGCGGGGUCUGCGGGGUGCAGCUCUACAUGCACCUGUAUGGACCCCCGGCGGCGGUGGUGGCAAGGCUGUCGCCAGAGAAGCAGGAACUGGUGCGACGGAAUUUGGAGAUCGUGCCCGUUCGAGUACAGGUGCUGGAUGGGGUGGAGUGGGAAGAGAUUCACGUGGAGAGGUCGGACGAGGGGACGGAGGGGUAUGUGCUGGGUGCAUGAGGGGAGGAUGGCUAGCGACAAGCGCAGACGGGUGCCAUUGUGGUAUCGGUUUUGCCGUCUAGGUAAAGGGGGAGGGAGACCAGGGGGUCGAGAUGAGAUAUGCCGUAUCUCAAGCAGAAUCCGCUAUGAACGGUGCAGGCUAACCUUUGUUCCGUUACCCGAAAACCACACCGGAUGACAGAUAGAUUAACAGCAAG